AUGGGCAGCCAUAUUCCCCAACCACGACAUAUCGUGAUCAUAGGGGGUGGUGUUAUCGGCACAACGACGGCAUACUACCUAACCCGGCAUCCCGCUUUCAACCCCUCUAUCCACCACAUCACCUUACUCGAGGCCACUUCCGUCGGGGCGGCCGCUUCUGGCAAGGCCGGCGGCCUACUGGGCCUGUGGGCCUACCCGACCUGUCUAGUCCCCCUAUCUUACCGUCUCCACGCCGAGCUCGCGACCGAGCACGGCGGCGCCCAGAGGUGGGGGUACCGCACCCUCGAGUGCGGCCAGCUGACCGCGACGGUGAAGGAAGGCGGGCAUCCCGCUCAGAGCCCCACCGCUAGGACGAGGAAGAGGAACAGUUCCGGCCUCCCGAAACAGGACGUCCAGGAUGACUGGCAGAAGCUGCCGAAGCAGGACGCGGCCGCGAGCGCCCUGCUGCGUCCGUCGGUCCUCCCCGAAGACCUCGACUGGAUCAACGCCAGCCUCGUGCGCGAGUACGCCGAAAUGGGACUCCCCGGGUUCACCGAGACAGCGCAGGUGCACCCUUACCAAUUUACAACCUCAAUGGCCGCUCUGGCGCGCGAACGCGGCGCUGAGAUUCGUGUCAACACCAAGGUCACCUGCAUUGGCCUGAACAAAUCAGGCACGGCUGUCUCGAGCGUCGAAUACCUCGACCGCGCUAUCAACGAGACGCGGACCCUGCGGGGCGUGACGGACGUGGUCGUGGCAGCGGGGCCGUGGACGGGCCGCCUCUGGCCCAGGGCCAGGGUUGAGGGCCUGCGGGCGCACAGCGUGGUGUUCACCGCCGACGUCAGCCCCUACGCCGUCUUCACCGACAUUUCACUGCCCAACGACUGGGUGCCGGCGCACAGGGCGGCGCGAGGCGAGAAGCGAAAGCACAGGGGGAACGUGGACCCGGAGAUCUACGCCCGCCCAGGCGGCGAGGUGUACGCGUGCGGCGAGCCAGACUCGAAGAUACCGCUGCCGGAGACCGCUGACCAGGUCGAGUGCGACGAGUCACAAUGCGACGACCUGAUUUCCUACAUCGGCACGGUGAGCCCCGUCCUGAGGUCCGCGGCCAUCGCGGCAAAGCAGGCGUGCUACCUGCCGCGGCACAUGCGCUUCGGCAAGGAGAGCGUGCCGCUGAUUGGCGGGACGUCAGUCGGGCGACUGUGGAUAGCGUCGGGCCACACGUGCUGGGGGAUCCAGAACGGGCCGGCGACGGGCAAACUGAUGAGCGAAUUCAUUUUCGAGGGCGAGGCCAAGAGCGCCGACAUCGCAGAACUAGACCCAAAGAGGUUCAAGGUAUGA